AGAGAGAGAGAGAAGCAUCAGUAGGUAGCGAUGAACAGCAUAUCAUCAUCAGCAUCGUACUUGGCUCGAAGGGCCGGUCAGCGAGAGAGAGUUCGGAUCCUUUACCGACGGGCCUUAAAAGACACCCUCAAUUGGGCCGUUCACCGUCAUCUCUUUUACCCCGAUGCAGAUGCACUUCGUGAGAGAUUCGAUGCUAACAAAAAUGUGGAAGAUGUAGAGACUAUUGAUAGAAUGAUUGCUGAUGGCGAGGCCCAGUAUAAUAAAUGGCGCCACCCUGAUCCUUACAUUGUUCCAUGGGCUCCUGGCGGCAGCAAAUUUACUCGCAACCCUACACCACCUUCUGGGAUUGAGAUAGUUUACGAUUAUGGCCGAGAGGAUCAUUAGCUGAAGGUAAUAUGGACUUCAUGCCAAUAAAUUAAGGUGACUCAGAGCAGCAAAUGUUUUGUAUGGGUUUCUGUCAGAAAUGGCAAUUAGACAUUGGUACGGCCUAUUUUAGCAAACGUGCUUUGAUUAGCGCGAGUGUUGAUGAAAACGUUUUUACUCCAUGACUUUUCCUUUCACCUGGUUUGUUUAUCUUUUCAUAUAUCAACUUUGUUGCAAAACUCAUUUGUAUGUUAUCUUUGUUACAAAUAAAAUGAUGUUGAUUUGGGUCA